AUGGAUAUCAAUAAAGAGGCAAAUGAGCGAGCAGGGGAGUUGAGGAAGAAGAUAGAGGAAGUCACUGGCAUUAGGAUUGAGGGGGUGGGGCGUGAAGAAGAUUAUUCUGGUGUCAUCAAUAGAUGCUGCGAGAAUCUUAUUGGAUACAAAAAGGUACCUUUGGGUGUUUCGAACAGAGGAGUUCUGAUAAAUAACAAGGAGUUCUUUAUCCCGAUAGCUACAACCGAGGGCGCGCUAGUUGCGUCAAUGAGCCGGGGCAUCAAGCUUAUAAAUGCCUGCGGGGGUGUUGAGGGAUAUGCAGAGAAUGUCGGGAUUACAAGAGGAUUCAUCAUGAGAUUUAGGACUUUUAAAGAAGCAAUGGAGUUCUACCAGUGGAUAAAAAUGGAUGAGUCUGUUGCAAAUCUCAAAAGAGUAGGCAACGAAGGAAGUAAACACCUAAGGAUUAGCAAGAUAGAGUCCAAGCAUGUUGUUGGAGAAGAUGUGUAUGUAAAGGUGUAUGGAUAUUCCGGAGAUGCCAUGGGAAUGAAUAUGAUAACAAAGGCAUGUGUUCAAAUAUCCAAUGAGAUAAUGCGAAUGUUUCCGAACACCUCUCUGGUGUCCAUAAGCUCGAAUACAUGCACUGACAAAAAAUGGUCUGGAGAAAAUUACUGCAAUGGAAGGGGGAGGAGGAUAUUCAUGAAUAUUAAGAUAGACGAUAGGAACUGUAGGGAGAUACUUGGCGUCGGGAUAGAUGAGAUUCUUGAUGUGUAUCAUGCGAAGGUUGUUGUUGGGGGGUCUCUCGUCCUGGGGGGAUUUAAUUGCCAGGCAGCUAACUACGUAGCAGGAAUGUUUUUAGCCUUAGGGCAAGAUCUUGGACAAGUUGUUGAAAGCAGCAACUGUAUACUGAGCAUGAAGAAGUCUGCGGCGGAUAUUCUGAGUGUAUCCCUGUUUAUGCCCUCUGUCACAGUGGGGAUUAUUGGGGGUGGCACGCAUCUGGAACCGUCAAAGAGCUUUCUAAGGCAGUUUAGUAAGGGAAGUGAUGAGUAUAUAAUAACGAACAAAGAUGAAGACAAGUCAUCUGGACCUGGAUACCUGGGGCUAGCCGUUGGGGCAGCAGUGCUUGGAGGGGAGUUGUCUCUUCUAGGUUCUCUGGCGAAUAACACCCUAAUGGAAAGCCACGAAAGAUUGAACAGAGGAGGCUGUCCAAGCAGCGGGACAGACAAACGGCAUUGA